AUGGGGAAAAACAUUUCUUUAUUCAAUUUGUGUCCCCGUGAUUUUUCAAUAGAUGAUAUGGAAAGUCAAAAAAGAGCAUUAAAUGCAGAAAGAAACAUAGUUUUUACAUCAGAUGAUCUAGAUGCUUGUGCUUUCUUGAAUCAAAAGCAAAAAGAAGCAUUUAAUCUCAUUUCUGAGAGAGUUUACAGCAAUAAAAGUGGUGCUUUUUUCAUUGAUGGUUCGAAAGAUAUUGGAAAAACCUUUUUAUACCAUGCAUUACUGGUAGAUAUUAGGUCAAAAGGUUAUAUUGUAUUACCCAUUGCUACAUCCAGCAUAGCAGCUUCAAUUCUUUGUGGAGGAAGAAUAGCUCACGCACGAUUCAAAAUUUCAAUAGAUAUUUCUGAUCGAUCAACUCGUCGUGUGAGUAAGCAAAACUCUUUAGCAACUUUGAUAAGAGAAUCAAAGUUGAUCAUUUGGGAUGAAACUCCUAUAUCUAAACAAGCAAGUAUUGAAGGAUUGGAUGAUUUGCUUAAAACAUCAUGA